CACAUCACAGCGAGAAAAAAAGAGCGAAUUAAAAGCAAAAAAAAAAGGAAAAUAAAGGAGAAAAGAGUGGCGGCCAUGGCGGCGGCGGCGGCGGCGGCGGUGGAGAGCGUGGUGGUGGUGCACAACGUGGCGAAGCGGCACAACGUGGGGACGCUGGCGCGGAGCGCGACGGCGUUCGGGGUGGCGGAGGUGGUGGUCGUCGGCCGCCGCGACGUCAGCGCCUUCGGCAGCCACGGCGCCACCUCCCACCUCCGCUUCCGCCACUUCGCCUCCCUCCCCCUCGCCCGCGCCUACCUCAAGGACGAGAGGGGGUGUGACAUUUGCGGCGUGGAGAUCACCCACAACGCGCUGCCGGUGACGGCCCAUCCGUUCCGCCGGAGCACCGCCUUCCUCUUCGGCAAUGAGGGUACAGGACUCUCGCAGAAGGAGUGCGAGAUCUGCGACUUUUUUGUCUACAUCCCUCAGUAUGGUGGUGGAACCGCAUCAUUGAAUGUUACAGUUGCAGCGUCGAUUGUUCUUCAUCACUUUGGAGUCUGGGCUGGCUUUCCAGAACGAGGGCGAGAAGGUAAUAAAUUCGUUGUAGCUGAUAAACCAAAGGGCCAAUCUAGGGGACUCUACUGUACAGACUCAAUUGAAGAAGUGAUUGAAGAACGGAAGAUGCGAAGAGAAAAUGCCUGUGACAUAUUUGAGGAAAAUGGAAGUAGCGAGCAUCAGGAAUCAAAUGUUUUAGGCACGAUGCUGUCAGACUAGAGUAUCCCAUCUCUUCUUUGCUUACCAAUCCAGUCUCUGCAUUGGUUGAGGGAUGAAACUAAUUUGCAAUACCACAUACAGCACAAUAUCCAGCACUGGUUUCUCUUUUCCAGGGUGGCACAAAUAUAUGUAGAGUAAAUUUCAGAGAACUCCAUUUUUAUGGUCAAAGUUGCAGUUUCGCGACUCGGUAAGGAGCAUAAUAGCACCCUUUCAAACCAAAUUCUUGUGGCAAUGAUUAAGAGAAUACCUUCAAACCACGGGUAAAGCCAAAGUUCUGCGUUUUGCUCUGAAAUUUAUGUGUGGCCCCCGAUAUAUGUUCCAAUCAGGUUGUGUGACUAUCACCUGAACUUUUUUGUUGUACUAUUAGGAGUCCCCCUUUUUUUUUUUUGAAAACUUAUUAGGAGUCUGACCUCUGUUAGCGUCAGGCUUCCUCACUGGAUUGUACUGUAAUGUUUUGUUUCUCCACCAACUCUGGAUUAGUUUGUUUUCCACUACCUAACAUGAAAAUUGUUCAUAGGAAUUUUGGCAUGAACUUUCCA